ACGUCCGUGUGUUUCUUUUCUCUCUAGUGAGCGGUAACGCAGGGGCAGUGUAGUACUACAAACGUGCUGGGUUUUUUUUUGUUUUAGUUGACUUCAGUGUUUAGCGUUAACAAAGGCCAGGCGAUGGCAGACAAGAUGGAUAUGUCCUUAGACGACAUCAUAAAGCAAAACCGGCAGCGUGGAGGCGGGCGCGGCGGGAGAGGAGGCCGCGGGGGCCGCGGAGGAACAGGCGGCCGAGGAGGAGGCGGCGCCGGCGGACGGCUCGGAAAUACAGGCGGGGGCUUUGGAGGCCGCGGCGGAGGAUCGGGCCCCAUGAGGAACCGCCAGAACCUGAGCCGCGGAAGAAGCAGACCUACGCCGUACAGCAGGCCCAAGCAGCUCCCAGACAAGUGGCAGCAUGACCUGUUCGACAACGGCUACAGUGCGAGCGCUGGCGGGGGCGGCGGUGGAGGCGGAGCGGGCGUGGAGACGGGAGGAAAACUCCUCGUGUCCAAUCUCGACUUUGGCGUCUCUGACGCAGACAUCCAGGAGCUCUUUGCAGAAUUCGGCACUCUAAAGAAAGCAGCGGUACAUUACGAUCGAUCGGGGCGCAGCCUUGGCACUGCGGACGUUCACUUUGAGAGGAAAGCAGACGCCCUGAAAGCCAUGAAGCAGUACAACGGCGUUCCCCUUGACGGUCGCCCAAUGAACAUCCAGCUUGUUACAUCACAGAUUGACGCACAGAGGCGGACUCCGAUGCAGGGUCUCAACCGUGGAGGCGGCGGCGGCAUGAACAGAAACCGAAUCGGAAGCUUCAACGCACAGAAAGGUCGUGGGGGACGUGGAGGCGGCGGAGGAUCCAGAGGUCGUGGGCGAGGGGGUCGUGGCGGCGGCAGCAAACAGCAGCUCUCCGCGGAAGAGCUCGACGCCCAGCUAGAUGCCUACAAUGCCAGGAUGGAUACCAGCUAAAUGCUAGCCCCUCAAGCUGCGUUCCCCGCUGUUCCGACAUGGGAAGAGUGGUCGUCGUUGUUAUAGCUUUGAACAUGCCGGAUGUUUUACACGUCUUCAGAAGUGAUUUAAAUGUGUAACAGACUUUCUCCUUUUAAAAUGCUUGUUUUUUACCUAUUUUGUUUUAUUUUUGUUCAACUUUUUUUUUUUUUCUGAGAACCUGGUUGGACUGUAGGAUUUUAUGGGAUGUUCUUAUCUUUAACCAUCCUUGUGUAGAUCAUUGAAAUAAAAAAACCUGCAGUAUUUAGUAACCACA